CUCAAAACCGCGUAAAUCAUCGGUCUACAAUAUAGACCAUUUCCUUUAAAAAUUGUUCAAUCCUACUGGAAAGUACGGGGAAUUUAAUCACAACCCGAUUUUAUUUCGCAAUUUCGUUCCAUUAUAAACAGACCAACCUCACCUGGGCAUGGAGCAGUCACAGAAUGGCAAGGAGGGCAAGCCUGCUGAGGCAGACCAGCCAUAUCAACUCCAACAGAUCCUGCGACAUAUCGACGAACUCACGGAAGAAACACUCUCAUUGAAUAACACCAUUGUGCAAUCACAGCAUGCCGCUGUUCCCGACGACAGCUCUGCUAAAUCCCAAUCAGAACUACUUGGGAAGUUCAAAGACCUAAUGGUUGCGAUUCAGAGCAAGACAUCCAAGGCAGUCCAUGAAGUCGAAACAAAGCUAAGGCCUAAUUUCCAGACCGCAAAUAGCCAUGACAUUGCCGAUGCAUCAUUGGAGCCCCUGGUCGGAGUUGGUGCAGAGAGUGAACUGAAUCGAAUACUAGGCCGCGCGCUCCUUGGUAGCAAGCAGAGCUACAAGCUUCGCAAUCAUAUGACUGGCAUUCCGAGCCCUCACCUAAUCGUCAAUGAUGAUACUACCACGCUGCCAGCUAUGAACCCCGGAGAUCCGUUUGUGAUCCUGCAACCUACAUUGCGGAACGUGUGGGUGGUUCAGCAUGCCUACGCGAGACUACAGAAGUAUAAGGAAAAGCUGAUUAGAGAAUACCUUGCCUCCACGGAUCCUAGCAUUGGAUCAAGUCGCAAGUUCACACGCGAGUACUAUGAAGACCUUAGCUUGGCCAAUCUGCCCUCGAAGAACAAGCUCGGAAACUUGCUUGACGUCAAACGCUCAUCGUACAAUGAAACAACCCAUGACAUGAUAGUCAUCCUUCUAUUCCUAAAUUCCGAUGGCAGUCCUCAGUACGUAGAGGCAGUAACAGAGGAGAACGUCAUUCCGGAUGGAGAGCUUGAUAAAAGUUCUUACCUGGUGUUGCCUGUCGCCGAAGCAAGUAUCAAGAAGUUGUAUGACACAUACAGAUCUCUCCGAAAAACAACCUCAUGGCAACGCCGAGCAGUUAAGGAUAAGGAAUUCGCCGCCAGUUUACCGGUGGAUGCGAUGGACGAACUAGAGAAGCAGUUCGAGAACGGCAGUAGCGAGACACCCGAUCAAGAAAAUGGUGGUAAUAGAAAGAAACGUCGUCGGAUGUUAGAUGAUGAAUGAGUUUCGUCCGGGCGAUUUAAGCUGUUAAGCACUGCCAGAGUUUGAGGGAUCUAACCCUGCUAACUCUAAAGGAGUAACGCUUCAGUCCCUCCAUUGACCAGUAAUAUGGUCUCGACAACUUAGAUAGUACAUAGCUCUACUUUAUCAAAAUUACCAAUAUGCAAUGGAAUUUCCCGUCC